AUGCCAGAGCUUGCCGAAGUUGAACGAGGCCGGCGUCUCCUGGAAGAUGCAAUUUUGCACAAAAGAAUUGUAGCAGUGUCAGUUGAAGAAGACCCACGCGUGUUUGUCGAUGAUUCUGCCUCGAUCCUUGCGAAGGCCCUCCCUACCCGAACCGUGCUCGCCGUGAAACGAAGAGGCAAGAACAUAUACCUGAGGCUCGAUGGUCACGGCCCGACCUUGGCCUUUCAUCUAGGCAUGACAGGUUCGGUUGCUAUCAAGGAUGGGGAGUUUCACUAUCGACGACCGCGAUAUAUCAAGCGUAUAAGCGCAUCAUGGCCUCCAUGGCGAUGGAAGAUACUGCUGCAGUUGGGUGAUGGCACUGAAGUUUGCACAAUCGACACCUCGCGGUUCGGACGCAUACGAGCAGUGGAUGCCGAGGACGCAGUCUCCGUUCCGCCGCUUUCGCUGCUGGCGCGAGAUGCGUGGUCGGAUCUACCAAGUGCAGAGGACUUCAGAGCAGAUCUGACUUGCCGCACAGCACCGAUAAAAACUGUACUGCUUGAUCAGAACGCCGUAGUGGCGGGCCUGGGGAACUACAACGUGGACGAAGUCCUGUUUCAUGCCCGCAUUCAUCCAAGACAACCGGCCUAUACAUUGGACAUGGAGCAGACCAUCGCAUUGCGCUCGGCCAUUGAGCUCGUCGCCGCGAAGGUCAUGGACAUAGAUGCAGACACGAAAAAGCUUCCGAAGACAUGGCUCUACAAGCACCGCUACGGGCGGAAGAAUGGCGUGGGACAGGCCUUCACAAUGGAAGAUGGGACAUCGACGCAAGUGACGCAUGAUCGCAUUAACGGUCGGAUCACAGCGAUCACGAGCGUUCAAGUCCUAGGCGACUACAGCAACAUACCGCUGCCCGCGAGAAGAAAGAAGACAGUUGUGGAUCCCGAAGACCAGGAGACCGACUCGCUGGAAGACAGCAACCUGCAGGACACUCCUAAUGUCCUGGAUGAUGGACACGACUUCGCAGAGCCGACGCGAAAGCGAAGAAAAGUUGUGAAGGCAAGUCGACCGGCACAAAUAGUGGUUGCUGAUGCCGCGCCAGAGAGCACACCUCUCCGUCGCUCCCAACGGCAGGUGAAAAAGGUUGCUCGCAACCAGAUGACACGAUGA